AUGGGCUCCCUCCACGACUCCCGUAUACACAAGUGGUUUGCGACCUCACCGCCCGUCGCAUGGACAGUCAGGCAGCUACGAGAGCUUCUUAUUGGGUCGCUGAAGCAAGGCCCUAUCCCCCAACAUGUCGCGUUCGUGAUGGAUGGUAACAGGCGAUUUGCGCGGAACCACCACAUUGAGACGGUAGAAGGACACAACCUUGGGUUUGAGUCGUUAGCGAGGAUCCUCGAAGUCUGCUACAAAACUGGCGUCAAGGUGGUCACCAUCUACGCAUUCAGUAUAGAGAACUUCAAGCGGUCGAAGCAUGAAGUCGAUGCGCUCAUGUCCAUGGCAAAGGUGAAGCUGCAACAAUUGGCCGAGCACGGAGCUUUGCUAGAUCGCUAUGGCGCAUCCGUUCGGGUGCUGGGGCAGCGCGAGCUCAUCAGCCCGGAUGUACUGAUGGCUGUUGACAAGGCUGUUGCAAUGACAGCACACAACAAGAAAGCUGUUCUCAACGUCUGCUUUCCCUACACGUCACGGCACGAAAUCACGACCGCAGUCAUGAAGACUGUCGAGACGUACAGCACGCCGAUACACAACCUGCCUACACCUUCUAAGCGAACCUUUUCUGAAUCGCACAUCACCCAACAUAUUCGCAAGCAAAUGUUGGAGGAUACGGAAGGUGUAGCGGAACAGCCCGAUUCGCGGCCGGCGUCGCCCUCGUCUAAGGAAGCGACUUCAGCUGACGAUGGGCGCUCCUCGUCAACUUCGACCGCCAUCAAUUCGCCAGAAAAGGAUGACUUGCAUAAUGGGCCGACGUUUCUAGAUUCAGAGUCGAUUAGCGCUCAGACUCUGAACGACAACAUGAUGACGGCUGAUGCUCCGCCCCUCGAUCUGCUAAUCCGUACCUCUGGCGUAGAGCGGCUGAGCGACUUCAUGCUGUGGCAAGCCCACGAGAACACGUCCAUUGUGUUUCUCAAGUGCCUGUGGCCGGAGUUCGACUUGUGGCAGUUUUUGCCUGUGUUGGUAGAAUGGCAGUGGCAGCAGAAGAAGCUGCAAGAGGAACAGCAGCGGACCCGUGGGCGGUCCAAGUCAGACUGA